AUGGAAUCUGGGUUUGAACUUUGUUUGCUGGAGUCAGAGGUCUAUGCUGCGCGGGUGAAUAAGUUGUGUGUGGCGAAUACAGUGCUGUGUAAUUUUGGGGCGCAUUUCAGUGAGUCUCUUAUGAAAAGAUUUAGAGAGAGCUAUUUUGGGCCCUUGUUGGGCCUCCAUAAAAUUGCAUUUAGUGGUCAAAUUAUGCAUGCUCUGGCACUGCGGCGAGUCAGAGGACUUGGUGUUAAGGACAUGCUGGGCCUUAGUUAUGCAAUGGGGUCCAAUGUUGCUCAAUUUAGUGUAAAGGAUUUUUGUUUGAUAAGUGGUCUGAAAUGUGGAACAGAGCUUGAUAUAAUGUCCGGGGGGGAUGCUCAUAAUCGAUUUAUGAAAGCGCAUUUUACUAACAGGGGUCACAUUACUUGCAAUGACUUAGAAAAUGCAUUCCUAAAGUCCGAAAGAGAAAGUGAGGACUCGUUCAAAUUGGGACUGCUGUAUUUUGUGGAGUUUGUGAUAAUGGGUAAACCCCAAAAUGUGAAGAUAAACGAGGAGUACUUAUAUUUGGUUCAUAAAAUGGACGAAUUCAACAAUUAUCCGUGA